AACAGGAGAUGUCAGAAUAAUAUGAAAAAGUUGCUCUUUUGAAAUGUUUAGUCUUUUGGAUUUUUUUAAAAUGUCAGCAUGAUUCAUACCUAUUGGUUCUUAGCCUGGAGCACCCAGCACACCAGGCAUUGAGGAAGCUAGGCCAGGAUGUGAAUAAUGAAUGGGCUGCAUAAGCGGAAGUCUAUACCCAGUCAACAGUAAAGGCAUGUGCAGAGUUGCAGGCCAGCAUUUUCACAGAUUCUUUCUAUUCUCUCUCUCUCAAGGGAAAACAAGAAAACUAGCAAGAGCUAGCAAGAACUAGCAAGAGCUUGAACAAACGCCUGGACUCAGAUUGGAAGACUGCUCAUUUGUCUACUGCUUCAUUCCUGGAAAUCACACUGGAACUGCCUGAUUAAGAAAAACAAAAUAAUUCUGAAAGAAAGAACACAAAGAAAAACAUACUCCAGAAUUCCUAAUAUAACACUUCACCUGAACCUAAAAUGGUGAGCGAGAGUCACCAUGAGGCCCUGGCAGCCCCGCCGGUCACCACUGUCGCGACUGUUCUGCCAAGCAAUGCCACAGAGCCAGCCAGUCCUGGAGAAGGAAAGGAAGAUGCCUUUUCUAAGCUGAAGGAGAAGUUUAUGAAUGAGUUGCAUAAAAUUCCAUUGCCACCGUGGGCCUUAAUCGCAAUAGCCAUAGUCGCAGUCCUUCUAGUCCUGACCUGCUGCUUUUGUAUCUGUAAGAAAUGUUUGUUCAAAAAGAAAAACAAGAAGAAGGGAAAGGAAAAAGGAGGGAAGAAUGCCAUUAACAUGAAAGAUGUGAAAGACUUAGGGAAGACAAUGAAAGAUCAGGCCCUCAAGGAUGAUGACGCUGAAACUGGGUUGACUGAUGGAGAAGAAAAAGAAGAACCCAAAGAAGAGGAGAAACUGGGAAAACUUCAGUAUUCACUGGAUUAUGAUUUCCAAAAUAACCAGCUGCUGGUAGGGAUCAUUCAGGCUGCCGAACUGCCCGCCUUGGACAUGGGGGGUACAUCUGAUCCUUAUGUGAAAGUGUUUCUGCUACCUGAUAAGAAGAAGAAAUUUGAGACAAAAGUCCACCGAAAAACCCUUAAUCCUGUCUUCAAUGAGCAAUUUACUUUCAAGGUGCCAUACUCGGAAUUGGGUGGCAAAACCCUGGUGAUGGCUGUGUAUGAUUUUGAUCGCUUCUCCAAGCAUGACAUCAUUGGAGAAUUUAAAGUCCCCAUGAACACAGUGGAUUUUGGCCAUGUAACUGAGGAAUGGCGUGAUCUGCAAAGUGCUGAGAAGGAAGAGCAAGAGAAAUUGGGUGAUAUCUGCUUCUCCCUUCGCUACGUACCUACUGCUGGUAAACUGACUGUUGUCAUUCUGGAGGCAAAGAACCUGAAGAAGAUGGAUGUGGGUGGCCUAUCUGAUCCUUAUGUGAAGAUUCAUCUGAUGCAGAAUGGCAAGAGGCUGAAGAAGAAAAAGACAACAAUUAAAAAGAACACACUUAACCCCUACUACAAUGAGUCAUUCAGCUUUGAAGUACCUUUUGAACAAAUCCAGAAAGUGCAGGUGGUGGUAACUGUUUUGGACUAUGACAAGAUUGGCAAGAACGAUGCCAUCGGCAAAGUCUUUGUGGGCUACAACAGCACCGGCGCGGAGCUGCGACACUGGUCAGACAUGCUGGCCAACCCCAGGCGACCUAUUGCCCAGUGGCACACCCUGCAGGUAGAGGAGGAAGUUGAUGCCAUGCUGGCCGUCAAGAAGUAAAGGAAAGAAGAAGCCUUUCUGCAUUUGCCCAUAUAGUGCUCUUUAGCCAGUAUCUGUAAAUACCUCAGUAAUAUGGGUCCUUUCAUUUCUCCAGCCAUGCAUUCCUAACACAAUUCAGUGGUACUUCAAAUCCUGUUUUAAUUUGCACAAAUUUAAAUGUAGAGAGCCCCUAAGUCCUUCAUCAUACCACUGCCCUCCAAAUCUACUCUUCUUUUAAGCAAUAUGAUGUGUAGAUAGAGCAUGACUGAAAUUAUUUAUUGUAUCACACCGUUGUAUAUACCAGUAUGCUAAAGAUUUAUUUCUAGUUUGUGUAUUUGUAUGUUGUAAGCGUUUCCUAAUCUGUGUAUAUCUAGAUGUUUUUAAUAAGAUGUUCUAUUUUAAACUAUGUAAAUUGACUGAGAUAUAGGAGAGCUGAUAAUAUAUUAUAUGGUAAAUAUAGUAUCGUCUGCAUUCCAGCAAAACUAUCAACUCGUAAGGCACUAGUACAGUUAAACUGAUAUCUUAAAGGACAACUUAAACCUGAGCUUUCCAAGAUAAACUUACACCACAUACUUGGUAGGAGAAUCCAAUUUUUUUAAAAUCCUGCACAGGCAAAAUAGAAUGAUCUAAGUAGCAGCAUCCAGGCUGACCUCAAGGAAGCAUAGCCACAAACCAGAAUAGCAUCUGUCUGUAUAUAUUUACAAAGCUAAAAUAAUGGCUUCACUCUUACAUUUGAGAAAGCAACUGAACAGGAGUCAAUGAUUUCAUAUUACAAGGUGUUCCGUGUGUGUGUGUGUGUGUGUGUGUGUGUGUGUGUGUGAGUGUGGUGUGCGCACAUUUGUUUGGGGAUAGGGAGAGAAGAUGCUGAGGGGAGAAGUCAACAUUUAUGAAAUAUUGCCUGACUACUUAAAAAGAAAAAAGUAGCUCUCCGUUAUCACCUUUAUAUAAAAUGUGCAUCCUGUGAAUUCUGUUCCAGAUUUCACACUUAGAAUAAUUCCAAAAGGGUUGCACAUUAGAAUUUGUAACAAAAUAUUUUAUUAUAUAAAACCAGAUGAGAAGGAAUGCAGAAUAUUUUUAACACAGCAAUCUGUGCUUAUUACACAAAAUUACUUUGUGGUAAACAGACAGUAUUGUGAUCCCACCAAAAGAUG